AUGGAGUCCUGUAGCUUCCGCGCCGCAACAGCGCCUUCUCCCUUCCCCUCCGCGCCCUCCUCCUCAUCUUCAUCCCCGCGCGCCCCAUGCCCCAUAUUCCGAUUUCCCAGACCAAGAAAAGGGAGGCAGAUUGGGGUGCGCAGGAGGGCGUCCGGAUUUGAUGCCUUCCCUCCCCUCCCCGGCAAGGUCUUCGUCGAUGAGGCAAUCGGAGCGGAAUAUGGGGAGGGCUUCGAAACAUUUCGGAUGGAUGGACCACUCAAGGUUGAUGUGGAUUAUCUUAAUGAAAAAUUGCAAGAAUGCUUCCUUCAAAGGAUAAGGCAUGCUAUGAAGCCGGAUGAGGCGUUUGGUCUAAUUUUUUCAUGGGACAAUGUUAUUGCUGAUACAGACUCGCUAAAGUUGAAUGCUUGGAGACAGCUUGCUUUGGAGGAAGGCAAGGAUAUCCCAAGUGCUGCUCAUGUCCGGAAGAGCAUUCUUCAUGGUGCUGCUGACCAUGUUCUUAGAAAGGUUUUGUACUGGGCAAAAGAGGAAGCUAAAAUGGAAAAACUGAAGGCACGCCUUAUAGAGCUGUACUAUGAGAACCUGUUCAAACUCGAUACACCUGUAGAAGGAUUGAGAGAAUGGCUGGAUGCUGUUCAGACAGCAGGGAUACCUUGUGCUGUCGCAUCAUCCCUUGACAGGAGAUGCAUGAUCAAAGCUUUGGAUCGGAUGGCACUAAGCAAAUAUUUCAAGGCGAUUGUGACUGACGAAGAUGAUAUGGAGUCGAUAGCAAAUAGGUUUCUGUCAGCUGCUAUGAAGUUGGAUCGUAAACCCUCAAAGUGUGUCGUGUUCGAGGACGACCCAAGGGGCGUCACAGCCGCCCACAACUGUACUAUGAUGGCAGUUGCAUUGAUUGGUGCUCAUCCAGCGUAUGAGUUGGUACAGGCCGACCUUGCCAUUGCAAAGUACAGUGAGCUCUCAGUGAUCAACCUCAGAAGGCUGUUUGCGAACAAGGGAAUCAGCUUCAUGGACUUGCAGAAGCAGAUAAUCGAGAAGUCACCUCCCAAGAGGAGGCUGACAGUAGACACCAUUUUCUGA